UUUUCUUUUUUCUAUUUUUCCUUAUCAAAGUCCAGAACCCGACUGGUAUGGCCAUCGGCGUUCUUUUUUUUUUCCCUCUACUAUUUUGCUCCCCGUUUUUGGGUGUGGGCAAAAGUCCACGCAAAUGUAUCUUUGUUUAUCCCUCCUUCUUCUUCACAAACUAUAAUGAGUCAGUCACCUCAGCUGAUUAAUUACAUGAACUUUCCUCCCCCCCCAUCUCGCGCUCAUGUCAGCAGUGAAGAAAAAAAAGAAUCGGGCCAGAAUUAUCGCAACGACUGA